CAUGUCCGUGUGAAGAAGAGUAAUGGUAUUCAUGGAGCACAUUACAUGGAUUGCAAAGUGCUCUACAGACAACUGAACUACCUAGCAUAUUUGCAAGACAGGUAUUACCUCAUUUUCAAUCUGCAGCUGGAAAAUGAAAAGUACAGGGAGUACUGCUACAUGAACUUGGAGCUCAAGCCUAUACCCCUUUCCGAGAUCCCUAACUGCCCACAAAUAUCCUGGGAUAGUGAAGAAACUGUUGGGCACCCCGUGUAUAACUGCUGUGGAGAAGUUCAAGGCUCCACUUCCCAGCUUAGCAGUCUGAAUGGAAAUAGGAAAUCUGCAGCAUUGCUGGAAGUCAGAGGGAAAUUAAGCAAUAUGCAGUAUUCUUCCGUGGCAGUGGAUCCAGAAACCUCGGUGAAUAAUGGGUCCGGGAUUCCCCGCAGCCCUAAGGAAGGCACAAAGACUGCAACCUUGACAGAAAAUGAAGUCUACAGGGCCUGUACAACGAAGUGUUUCCAUAGCCGUUAUUUAACUAAAACUAGUACGCAGGGAGAUGUCUACAACUUCCUGGAGAGGCCCAGUGGAUGGAAGUGUUUUAUCUAUCAUUUUACUGUAUUUCUCCUGGUGCUGAUUUGUUUAAUAUUCAGUGUACUGUCUACUAUAGAACAUUAUUCUGAAUUUGCCUCUGGAACCCUUUUCUGGAUGGAAAUAGUUCUGGUUGUCUUUUUUGGUGCUGAAUAUGUGGUCCGAUUGUGGUCUGCAGGCUGCAGGAGUAAGUACGUUGGCUUCCAGGGAAGAAUACGGUUUGCCAGAAAGCCAAUAUCAAUUAUCGAUCUAAUUGUGGUAGUCGCCUCAAUUAUUGUUCUGAGCAUAGGAUCUAAUGGACAGGUAUUUGCCACCUCAGCAAUAAGAGGAAUCCGAUUUCUCCAGAUACUUCGCAUGCUUCAUGUAGAUCGACAGGGUGGCACAUGGCGACUAUUAGGAUCAGUUGUUUUCAUACAUCGUCAGGAACUCAUAACCACGUUGUACAUUGGAUUCUUGGGAUUAAUUUUUUCAUCCUAUUUUGUUUAUCUUGCUGAGAAGGAUGCCGUUGAUGAGGAUGGAAAGACAGGUUUUUCCAGCUAUGCUGAUGCUCUUUGGUGGGGUGUGGUAAGUCUUUACAAAUGCGUGCGCAAAC